AUGUCUCUCUCUCUCUCUCUCGAUCUUCAUGUCUCUCUCUCUCUCUCUUCAUGUCUCUCUCUCUCGCUCUUCAUGUCUCUCUCUCUUCAUGUCUGUCUCUCUCUCUCUCGGUCUAUUCAUGUCUCUCUCUCUCUCUCGGUCUAUUCAUGUCUGUCUCUCUCUCUCUCUCUCGGUCUAUUCAUGUCUGUCAUGUCUCUCUCUCUCUCUAUCUCCUCUAUUCAUGUCUGUCUCUCUCUCUCUCUCUUUGGUCUAUUCCUUGUCUGUCAUCUCUCUCUCUCUCGGUCUAUUCAUGUCUGUCUCUCUCUCUCUCUCUCUCGGUUGAUAUUCAUGUCUGUCUGUCUCUCUCUCUCUCUCUAUGUCCUCUUCAUUUCUGUCUCUCUCUCUCUCUCUCCUCGGUUAUUCAUAACUCUCUCUCUCUUUUCUCUCUCUCUUGGUCUGCUGCCCUUUACUCUCUCUCUCUCUCUCUCUCUCGGUCUAUUCAUGUCUCUCUCUCUCUCUCUCUCUAGGGUCUAUUCAUGUCUCUCUCUCUCUCUUCAGUGUCUCUCUCUCUCUCGGUCUAUUCAUGAUCUCUCUCUCUCUCUCGGUCUAUUCCUCUCUCUCUCUCUCUCUCGUCCAUUCAUGUCUAUUCAUGUCUCUCUCUCUCUCUCUCUCGGUCUAUUCCAGUCUCUCUCUCUCUCUAAACUUCCUGUGUCUCUCUCUCUCUUCUGGGUCUAUUCAUGUCCUCUCUCUCUCUAUCUAUUCCUUGUAUCCCUCUCUCUCUCUCUCUAUAGGUCUAUUCAUGUCUCUCUCUCUCUCUCUCUCUCUCUCUCUGUCUAUUCAUGUCUCUCCUCUCUCUCUUUCUCUCUUGGUCUAUUCAUGUCUCUCUCUCUUUCUCUCUUGGUCCUUCAUGUCUCUCUCUCUCUUUCUCUCUUGGUCUAUUCAUGUCUCUCUCUCUCUCUCUCUCUCUCUCUCUCUCAUUCAUUCAUGUCUCUCUCUCUCUCUCUCUCUCUUCCUCCAUCUCCUCUCUCUCAGUCCUAUUCGCUUGUCUCUCUCUCUCUCCGGUCUAUUCAUGUCUCUCUCUCUCUCUCUCUCUCGGUCUAUUCAUGUCUCUCUCUCUCUCUCCUCUCGGUCCUAUUCCUUGUCUCUCUCUCUCUCUCUCUCUCUCUCGGUCUAUUCAUGUCUCUCUCUCUCUCUCUCUCUCUCUCGGUCUAUUCAUGUCUCUCUCUCUCUCUCUCUCUCGGUCUAUUCAUGUCUCUCUCUCUCUCUCUCUCUCUCUGGUCUAUUCAUGUCUCUCUCUCUCUCUCUCUCGGUCUAUUCAUGUCUCUCUCUCUCUCUCUCGGUCUAUUCAUGUCUCUCUCUCUCUCGGUCUAUUCAUGUCUCUCUCUCUCUCUCUCUAUUCAUCUCUCUCUCUCUCUCUCUCUAUUCAUCUCUCUCUCUCUCUCGGUCUAUUCAUGUCUCUCUCUCUCUCUCUCUCUCUCUCUCUCUCUCUCGGUCUAUUCAUGUCUAUCUGGUAUUUUUUCUUUCUCUCUCUCCCUAUCUUUCAUUAUCUCCCAACCUCCCUCCCUUUAUCUAUCACUAUCUGACUCCCACUCUCUCAAAGUGUCUAUCACUGAUUCCCAUUCCCUCUCUCUCGGCGUCUCUCCCUCUCUCCCUCUCUCUCUGCGUCUCUCCCUCUCUCUCGGCGUCUCUCCCUCUCUCUCGGCGUCUCUCCCUCCCUCUUGGCGUCUAUCUCUGUUCCCCCUCCACACGCUCCCAUCUCGGCGUCUAUCUCAUUUUACUCGGAUAUAG